AUGCCAAAAGUCAGCUUACCCCUUUUGGCUCUUCUGGCCACCUGUUUCAUAAGUGCAAGUUCUUCCUUUGAAUUGAAUCUAACAAAGGGGUUAAGGUAUAGUACCGAGGUGAACAUAAGAAAUAUACAAGUGGAAGAUAAUAGUCUAAGAACAUGUGAGCAUAUACUUAAUUAUAUGCAUGCAAAGAACACACUGACAAAUCAUGAUAAAGCAUUUUUUCAAAAAAAUUGCGAUAAAACAUUAGAUAAGAUAAAGGAAGACAGUAUUGAUAAAAAUGUAAAAAAAGAAAUAAAUGAAUUAGUCCUAAGUGUAACUCAUUUAAGAUGCCAUUAUUACAAUACGAUAAUAACAAAUAAUAGUGCGAUGGCCUUAAAGUAUAUAUUGCUAAGUAUAGACAAUUCGUUAAGUGAUGAAAAUGCAAUUACAAGAACUAAGGAAAUACUAAAAUUUAAUAGAUAUAUAUUGGAUAACACGAACAUACGAAAUGUACAAGAAAUGCUUGUGCUAAGUAGUAAAAAUGACGAGUUUAUGAAUGAAUCAAAAUCGAAAGUUAUAGAAAACAUACAUAAAGAUUUUACUCUUUUUAAUGAUUAUUUAGUUAUAUCAUCUGGUCAAGUAAAAGUUAUAGAAAAUCUGCCAUUUGAAACUUUUGUUAAUGUGAAAAAAGAAAAAUUCUGUUCAAAUUAUAUACAUUUAUGUCAAAAAUUUUAUGAACAAGUCAUAAUUUAUUUUCGAAUGAAAAAUAUUUUUAAUGAAUUAGUGGACUAUGUGGACAAAAAUUCAACAACUUUUAAAAAAGAAAAAUUAUUGCAACUACUAGAUUUAAGUUAUAACACAGAGAAGGAAAUAAAAGAACAUAAUAAAUAUGCCUUAGGAGGAGAAAAACAAAGGGGAAAAAAGGAACAGAGUGAACAAAACGUAGUAUCAUCAUUACAUAAAUAUGUCGACUUGUACAGCUCAAACAAAUUACUUGUCAAUAUAAAGCUGAAGGAAGGGGGAAGUGAAACUCUUGGGGAGGAUAAUCAGCAUGAUCAGGGGGGUAUAAAUCCUUUUGAAGAAAGCUCAGUAGUAACAAAUAAAAAUAUAAAAAACGAGUUGAACGAUGAUGAGAAAUACUCAGAAUUAAUGAAUACUAUUAAGAAUUACAUCCUGCACGUUACUGAGGUCGACAAGGAUAUAAAUAAUAUGGUUCUAGAGUUGGAGGACGAGGAUAUAGAAAAAUUCCUCGUUGAGCUGAACUUCUUUCUGUAUUAUGGUUUCCUAAAUAUCGAAGAGGAUAAAGAUUUGAUAACACUGAACGACAUUUCGCCUACUUUUACAAAUUUGUAUCGAGCUAAUCAUAUAGUCUUUCUUUAUCUUUUAAAAACAAAAUAUGAAGAAAACAAGCAUUCGGAAUAUCAGACAUUUAAAUUUUAUAAAAAUAUGAAAUUUGAAAAAUUCAACAAAGAAAAAUUAAGCUCUCAUUUUAGUGUGACGAGCCCAAUAACAAGUUUGUCUAAAGUUUUACCAGAUACAAUAAAUAAGCAUUUCUUAAAAAUAUUUCCAAGUAUUCCCAAAGAUUUUGUAAUUGAACCUUCUGAACGACCGAAAUACCAGUUCUUUUUUACCAUGGCCUUCAAGGACUGCAACAUCAACCAGAAUUACUCCCAAGUGGCAAAGGAUUUAUGGGCCGAACUGUUGUAUGCCUAUGAUCACUUUGGAUGGUUUUAUUUCCACCCCAAGGAAGUUAUUUCCAGUUUUACCAAAACGAGCUUCGUGAGGCAAAUGCUAAUUACUUACGACCCUUUGUACGUCCAUUUGAACUCACCUCAUUUGAACUCACCUCAUUUGAACUCACCUCAUUUGAACUCACCUCAUUUGAACUCACCUUUGAACUAUUUGAACUCACCCCAUUUGAACUCACCCCAUUUGAACUCACCCCAUUUGAACUCACCCCAUUUGAACUCACCCCAUUUGAACUCACCCCAUUUGAACUCACCCCAUUUGAACUGCAUUUUGAAUUUCGUGUUCUCUGCUGAGUUAUUCUCCCCUUGUUUUAUCACUUUGCAUCUUUUCCUAUUUUUCAUUUUUAUCCAUUUUUCUGGCAUUUCCCAACAUUUAUUCGCCGCAUGCACAGUCAGCAGGAACUUCAUCCUGAGGUUCACAGAACCCCUGGUGUACCUGGACACACAGAUAGCUAAAUUGAUGGACCUAAUACAUUUAUGCCUCCAAAUGGACAAAUCUAAAUAUGAAUUGAAUCUAUCAAUAUCUAGUAAAUUCUUCAAUUAUGGUGGUGAUUUCUACAGUUUCAAAGGAAACGAUAAGAAGAAAACCAUGUAUACUUAUGACUAUAUAGACUCUAUUGCUAAUAAUUAUUAUUUUUAUAGUAAUGAAAAAUAUGAAGUUUUUAAAUUUGAAUAUAACGAUAACUUAUACUUAAGUUUCCCUAAUGUUUAUAGUCUUGCUUAUCAGUUGUUUAAUGAAUUAGCUAUAAACAUGAAUGUAGUUACAAAUGCUCCUUUAAAAAAGAAGUUAAAAGAUAAAUCUAAAUAUGCUUACUUUACAUUAAUGAAUAUUAUUGGUAAAAAUCCUGAUAUAUAUUCGAAGGGACCACGUUUGGUUUUUGCCGCGUAUAUGCUAGCCUUGGUGUACUACAUCGAAUCGCACAUAGAUAUCUCGAGGUACCAGCCGAAGGAACACUUCUUUAUGAAGCAGUCACUACCCCUCAUAGGGACAUUCGACAGUGGAGAUUACAACCUUUUAAAGACAAGAUGCAAAAUGCUUACUAAAUUCAUACAAAUAAAUAAGGAUGAAAAUGAUUUUCCGCAUACGCACAUUGAAGAGUACAUUAAGAUGUUAAGCCUAACGAGUAUCGUGUUGUGGGGAAAGGAAAGCAAGAAGUCCGUCUACUAUGACGACGAUGUGAGUUUGUACAAAAAAAUGAUGAUUGCCUGUGUUUUUAACGGAGGUAAAACGGUGCAGGAGAAAGUAAUAGAAAGGAUCAAGGACUCAUGUGACGUAAAGUUUUAUGGACUGGACCCAAAAAACCUGGACAAUUUUAUUAACAUUACUUUAAGUAUUAAUAAAUGGAAUCCAAUUAUAUUAGAAAAAUUAGCACAAUCAUUUAUUUUAACUUGCAAGAUACAGAAGUUAAUGUAUACUUCCAUAGAUGUAGAAAACAUAACAUUACAGAAUUUUUAUAAGUUAUCUGUAGCUCCAGAAAUGUUAAAGACAUAUCAUUGUUUUAAGUUAGGUAGACAAGCUGCUACAUUACUUGAAUCAAUUAUUCUAAAAAAAAAAUUUGUUCGAUUUAGAGUUAGUGAUGCUAUGGAUGUUUACGAAUUUUUUUAUACAAAGAAAGUACUAUCAGAAAAUGUAAAGAAAGAUUUUGAAAAAUUUUUAAAGAAUAAAAAGUUAUAUGAAAAAAAGCAAUAUAAUGCGAUGAGAACAUUUAGUCCACUAAGUGCAGAAGAAACAACAAAAAUAAUAGAAAGUCAUCAGUGUUAUUGGUUCAAUAGCUACGAGAAUUUCAAGCUCCUUUGGAUGCAUGUCUCGAGUAACUUGGGCACAGGGACUUACCUGAGUAAUUUCUUUUCCGAAAUUUGGAAAAACUUGCAUUUCGUUUUUAAGAGAAAGGUGCGAGUGAAGGAUGUAGAAUAUUUUUCAGGAGAUAUAUCACAGAUGGGACUGAUAGACUACUACUCCCCCCUGGUACAUUCAGAAGCCUUCUGCCAAGAAAAGAUGCAAAGUUUAUUUAUAUCAUUAAGAGAUGACCAAGAAGAGAAUCGUGUAGACAUACCUGAUAAAAUAAAAAGUGCAUAUUAUAAGUGCAAACUAGACUAUUACAAAAAUCAUCAUACGGAUCCAAUUCAUAUAAUCCAACCAGGCGAUUUCUUAGAAAAGAAAGUCUAUGUAUUAAAGCAGCCAUAUUAUUUGAUAGGUAACAUAGACAAUACUCAUAAGAAAAAACUGGUAAGACUAUUUCUUACUGAGAGUACAUUAGACUAUUUGUUAAUGGAUGAUAUACACAUACCGGAAUGCUUUGGACGUUGUAAAGUGGAGCAUUUUAAUAAAGUUAUAUUGAAAAAUGUAAAAGCUAAAGCAUCUAAAGUUAUAGAUAAUUCUUUAAUUCCGGAGAGUGCAAUAUUAUUGACAAGAAAAGAAAUGACUGUAUAUGUUCAUAAUUCAUAUGUUCAUAAUUUAAAAAGAGAUGCACUAACCAAUGAAAAUAUUACAAGAAAAGAUAUUGAAGAUAAUGAUGUUCGAGUUUGUUUAGGUGUAGGAACAUACUUUAAUAAACCAUUUCUUACCAAUGAACAUUUUAACUUAACAUAUAAACCCAUGAUAGAUUUUCCCAGUGGACACAACUUUAAAAUUUUCCUUAGAAAGAAUGAGCACUUAGUACCGAAAAAUGAGAAUGACGACUGCUACGUGCACUACAGACUGUCCAUAUCAUAUAUGAAAAUAAGAGAUCCAUAUCAGGAAAUUAGCGCGGACUUAAUAAAGAAUUUGUAUAUCUUACAAAAAAAAUAA